AUGGUGGACUUGGGCUUCCACGGGACAGCUGUUGUGAUUAACGAUCUUUACGAAGAAACAUCGAAUCCUACAAGCAUGGAUUUAGAAGAAAGUGUACUAAAGGAAUUAUCGACAUCAACAAAUAAUGAAGCAACAAAUAAUAGUCGUCCGAAAUCUGUUGAUCAAGUUACAUCGAGUGCUGUUCGAUUUAUUAUAAAUUUACGCAAGAAUCGUGGAACUGAAAAAUUAAUUAAUGAUUGUGUAAAAGAUAUGUUUGAUUUAUUUAUCGCUUUACAACAAGAUGAGAAUCCAGAUUAUGUUCAUGAAUUGAAAAAAACUUUAUCAACUAAGUACAGAAGAGACAUAUUUAUGAAACUUCAACUAGCCUUUGUUGAACCUAAAGCUGUUUUAAUGGGACGAAAGAUGUAUUAUUCCCGUAAACGCAAGCAUUUAUUAUCGAAACAUGCCAAAGGAUGUUAUCUUCCGUUUCUGAAAACAUUAAAAUCGUUGCUUCAACAGCCAGCGUAUUCAAGUAUGGUAAUUGACAGUAUUCAACAAGACCAACAGGAAGAGAACAAUACAACUGCAACAAGUAUGGAAUAUGAAUAUUGUGAACAAUCUCAACAUUCAGCUACACACUCAACAACCGUAUCACAAUCAGCAAUAUUAAAUGAUUUAACAUCUGGUUGUGUUGCUAGAAAUGACAUUGUUUUUCGGAAGCAAAGUUCAUUAAAAAUUAUACUAUAUUAUGAUGACGUAGAAAUUUCACAACCGUUAAAAAAGCGUAAACGGAUAUUAUCAGUUUUCUAUUGGACAAUGGUGAAUAUUCCUCGUGGUUAUCUUUGGUUACAAUGCUUUACUGAAGGAUUUUUAAUUAGUAUGAAAAAAUUAUAUGGCGGGAUUGAAUUCAUUAUCCAAAAUCAAUCGAUAACAUUGAAUGGUGGUUUAUUUGUUUUAUGGGGAAACCUACUAGCAUUAGUUGGAUUACAUGGGUUUAAAAUGGGAUUUAAACAUGCAAAAUCCCCUUUUGAUUUACGAACAAUGGAUACCUAUCAAGAACAAUGUGCAGAAAUUGAAACCACUAAUAAUCGUACAAUGAGAGAUGCAUUAUCAAAACAAUAUGGUAUUAUUCAAAAGUCGCUGUUAUGCGGAUUGCCCGGAUUCAACAUAUUUGAACAAUCAGCACUAGAUGUGGCCCACGUAUUUUUAGAAGUUGAUGAAAUUAGUAUUAGUCAAUAUGGCGAUCUGAUGAAGCGUUAUUUACAAAUAUUCGAUGCUCAAUACGGGUGGGAGAAACGAAUUCCAAAAAAACAUUUCAGUUUACAUUUGCAAAAUCAAUUUUCAGCUUUGGGACCAGCACGUUAUUGCAACACUCUUUCUUUUGAGAGAAAACACCAAGCAAUAAAAGCAAGUGGAAGAAGAAAUUUUGUGAAUACUGCAUUUACAGCAAUUACCAAUUAUAUCAACAGAGAAUGUUCAACGUUAUUCGACGACAAUGGUAAUCCUGCAAUAACAAACUUCGGACCAAAAAUUGAAACGAAAAAAUUGAAAACUGUAGAUGCAGAUGAAUAUGGACAAAUACUACAAAGUGCUGUAUUUGCUCGAAAUGAAGGCAUAGAACGAUGUGUUGGAUUAGUCAUAGUUGAUGGUAUUGAGUAUAAGACAGGCGUUGUUCAGAAAACGCUUGAGUCAACAAAUGCGAAACAUGCGACGUGGUCAUACGCCUCGUUCUUCAAAAAUUCACCAUGCGUAUCUAUUGAAUUCGAAUUGUUAACAAACAUAGAUGUUUCAACGGCUGAAAAGCGUAUUAAAAAUCUGUUUUUAAAAUUAUCAAAAUUAUUCAAAGAUCCAAAACCAGAUGAGAAUGCACAAGAUCCAAUUGCAAAUAUACAAACAAAAUUGCCAUUAUGUGUGUUUAUUUAA